AGCGAGAAAGGCCAGGCCUCCUAAUAUCCCACGAAUCUUCUCCUUCCCACAUCACAUUUGCCUGGUAUAUAAACAAACAGCAUCACUUACCGCAAUCCCUAAAUAAAUAAAUAAAGAAACCUAAGCUUUAACCCUCUGAAGAGUUGCAAUGGCAACCUCAAGAUUGUUGCGAACUUCAAAUCCUCUGCGCCAUGCAAUUUCUUCUUCUUCUACUUGUUCAUCAUCAUCAUCUUCGUCAACAAAUACUGUCAGGUGUGUGAGUAAGGCAGGACUUAAUGGGGAUAAGAGAAUUUGUGGGAAUUCUGAUCACGGGAGAUCAAUGCUGCCCACAAAAGCAUCUGUGGCUGCAUCAGAUAGAUUGUUGAUUACAACAAAGCCAGAGGUCGGUCCAGUGAUCGAUCUUGCCUCUUCGCUGGCCCAAGUUAUUGAUGCCCUGCUUAAGAUAUUAAGACAAAUAUUGGAGCAAAGACGUUGGAAAUUAACCCAGAUGGUUAUUGAAAGGGUCAUAGUGGAUUGUCGGUUUUUCACAUUAUUUGCUGUUGCGGGAUCUUUAGUCGGUUCAGUAUUGUGUUUUCUGGAGGGUUCCUUUCUUGUGCUGAAAUCAUAUUUCCAGUUUUUCAAUACGCUACCUCCAAACACUGAUCAGGGACAUAUGGUUCAUCUAAUUAUAGAAGCCAUAGACGUUUUCUUGGUGGGAACCGCUAUGCUUAUUUUCGGGGUAGGAUUGUAUGCCAUGUUCGUGGGGUCCAAGAAUAUAGCGGAGAAGAAAGAACAUUCAGGGUCCAAUUUAUUUGGUCUCUUCCAUAUGAAGAGACUUCCCAAAUGGGUAGAAAUGGAGUCGGUUUGGGAAGCAAAAUCGAAAAUAGGGCAUGCUGUGAUGAUGAUACUUCAAGUAGGAGUGCUGGAAAAAUUCAACACAAUACCUCUUGUUAGUAGUCUGGAUAUGGUUUGUUUUGCUGGAGCUGUGCUAAUUUCCUCAGCGUGUAUCUUCCUUCUCUCCAGACUCUCUGUUGGCUGUUAUAUGGAGAGAUAGGUAGCCCCGGCUAGUUUCUUCAGACAGGUCAAGACAAAAUACGCUCAAAUUACCUUAUUAUAAUUCAAAUUCUUUUUGUACCAUAAGCAGUAAACAGAGAGUCAAUUGCCAUAAUGUAAAAUGGCAUGUAUUGAGCACACAAACAAUGGAAACUUUGCAGUAUUACCAAUAAAUAAUGUACAAGAAAACAACAGGCUAAGGUUUACCAU